AUGUCCACAGAAGGUCCAUACUACUUGAAGGAUGUUCUUGAACGACGUGACAUUACCGACGGAAAGCCAGGUAUACCUCUUAAUUUGACAAUCAAUGUUAUGGAUGCAAUGAACCAGUGUAAAACUUUAUCCGGUCUUCGAGUCGACAUCUGGCAUUGUGAUGCUUUAGGUGUCUAUUCAGGAGUUGGUUCCAUUGGUUUUGCAUCUCGUCGCUUCGGUCGAGGUAAGCGUCAGGUCAUGACAUCAAUUAGUCCUGUGGACAGGUUUUUACGUGGUUACCAAAUAACUGAUGCACAGGGUCAAGUAAAUUUCAAAACCAUUGUUCCUGGUUGGUAUCCUGGUAGGCCUAUUCAUAUUCACUUUGAGGUUUACUCGCCGUCUGGUAAACUUGUCCAUGUUGGUCAGCUUUAUUUUGAGGAACCCUUGUCUGCAACACUCGAUAAUAUUGAACCUUAUUCCAGAAAUCCAUCGAAACGAGUUCCAAAUGAAAUUGAUCGUAUUUACCGAGAUACAGAUGGCUUCAAGACUGUCCUCUUUUUGCUUGGAAAGCCAACCGAGGGAAUGACAUCUAAAUGUGGAAUUGGUUUAGAUUUAUCGGCAACAGUUCCGAUCCAAUUUUCAGGUCGAGGCUUUGGACGAGGCUGA